GUGCCGGACAACUUGUCAAGCGCCAGCAAGGGGCUCGUGUUGUUGUUCGUUGGGGCGGGGUGGAACGACCACGGCCGGGACGACCGGCGCUACACCAUCCCCGAUACGACCGACGUCUACAUCCACGUCGCUGCCCCGCUGCUGGUGGAUCUGGGCAUGAUGGGAGUGAUGGUGCACCAGCAGCCUAUGAUGCCCAUCACCUUCCACGUCGCCCCGCCUGGCGUCACCCGCAGCAUGAGUGAAGAGCUUCAGGAGGAGGAGAUCACAGCCUUCACCAUGGGCAUGGCACUGUAUGACCCCAGCACGCCCGAGUGGCCCAUCUUCAUGCCCAUGGCCAAGUCCAUAGUCCGCGCCAUGGAUGCCGUGCAGCUUGCUGCAAGACAGAUGCUUCCACAUGUGCCCGUGGAGGCCUUCGUGAGUGUCGGAGUGAGCAAGCGUGCGCACAUGGCGUGGUUCUCUGCAGCUCUUGAUAAGCGAGUGGUGGCCUUCAUAGCGUACGGCUAUGAUCUCAUCAACCUCCAGCCCAACCUGCAGCAUCUGCUCGACUCGGUGGGCGCCGUGCCCAUCCUGGGGCGCUUCUAUGUGGACUACAACCUCACGCACUUCCUGCACUCGCCCCUGCUGCCCCCCCUUCUG